CGCGGCGCCCGCCCGGCCUUCCUCGGAGCCGGAAGCAGUGGCCUGGCUGGGGCCAGAAAGCGAAGGCGGCGGUUCGGUCGGAGAUCGUCUCCUCGGUACUCAGCUAGUUACUAUGAGCUUGAUACAGAGUGACAACAGCUAUAGAGCCAGAGAUCUGGAGACUGGCUGCUGUGCAGCCAUGGCCAGUGCGUGCAGUGCUGGAGCUAAAGAAGACAGCCUAGGUGUCUCUGUCAGCAGUGGGACUGGAAACCUUCCAAACUCCUUCACGGAGGAGACUCAAGGAUAUGACGUGGAGUUUGAUCCCCCCCUGGAAAGUAAAUAUGAAUGUCCAAUCUGUUUGAUGGCUCUACGGGAAGCAGUGCAGACGCCAUGCGGACACCGGUUUUGCAAAGGCUGCAUUGUCAAAUCAAUAAGAGAUGCAGGUCACAAAUGUCCAGUAGACAAUGAAAUUCUACUUGAAAACCAACUCUUCCCUGACAACUUUGCCAAACGGGAAAUCCUCUCACUGAAGGUGAGAUGUCCCAACAAGGGCUGUCUUCUGAAGAUGGAGCUGAGACAUCUAGAGGAGCAUCAGUUGAAUUGUGACUUCUGCUCUGUGGAAUGCCUACAAUGCCAGAGCUCCUUCCCGAAGAACCAGUUGCAAAACCACAUGACACUGGAAUGCCCACGGCGGCAGGUCUGCUGUCCAAACUGUGCUACAUCUAUGGCUUAUGAAGACAAAGAGCUUCAUGACCAGAACUGUCCACUUGCAAAUGUGUUUUGUGAAUAUUGCAAUACAGUGCUCAUCAGAGAACAGAUGCCUAAUCAUUAUGAUAAUGACUGCCCUACCGCCCCAGUACCAUGUACAUACAGUGCCUUUGGAUGUCCUGAAAAGAUGCAGAGGAAUGAGUUGGCACGUCAUAUGCAAGAGUUCACUCAGGUUCACAUGAGAAUGAUGGCUCAGACUCUCCGGAGUAUUAGUGUUACUACCACAACUCCCAUGUCCUACCUCAGUGGCCUAUCUUUUGAGCCAUCUCUCUUCUCGCAUGUCCCACCUGCCACAUAUGACUGCAACCCAGAAGUUGAGAACUUCAAGGAAACCAUUCAGCAGUUGGAAGGUCGCCUGGUAAGACAAGAUCACCAGAUCAGAGAGCUUAUUGCUAAAAUGGAGACUCAGAGCGCUCACGUGGGAGACCUCAAACGCACUAUCCAAAAUCUAGAGGAAAAAAUUGCCGAAAUGGAGGCACAACAAUGUAACGGCAUUUACAUCUGGAAGAUUGAGAACUUCAGCAUACAUCUGAGAGCCCAAGAAGAAGAGAGACCUGUUGUGAUCCACAGCCCUGGCUUCUACACUGGGAAACCAGGCUACAAACUGUGUUUGCGCCUGCAUAUCCAGUUACCAAAUUCUCAGCGCUGUGCUAACUUUAUAUCCCUCUUUGUCCAUACUAUGCAAGGAGACUAUGACAGUCAUCUGCCUUGGCCAUUUCAGGGCACCAUACGACUUUCUAUUUUGGAUCAAUCAGAGGGACUUGCAAGGCAGAAUCACGAAGAAGUAAUGGAAGCCAAACCUGAGCUUCUAGCCUUCCAGAGACCAGCAAUCCACCGCAACCCAAAAGGUUUUGGUUAUGUGACAUUCAUGCACCUGCAAGCUUUGAAGCAAAGAACCUAUGUAAAAGAUGAUACUCUUUUGGUGCGCUGUGAGGUUGUAACACGUUUAGACUUGAACAUUGUACGGAAAGAGGGCUUUCAACCUCGCAGUACUGAUGGGGCUGUAUAGUCUGUUGUGCCCUAACUAAGGGAGCCCCGCACUGCUGUUCUUCCACAACAGAUUGGAAGGAUAAGAGCAUGAACGAAGGGAUUUUCCAGAGGGGAAAAGCUUCAUGAUAAGAGCAGUUAUCUGGGUUGAACAAUGCCAUUCUGCAGGCUAAUACAGCUGAUUUAACGGAAUAGAAUUUGCUGUCUUUGGUAUACAAGCUUUUUCCUCUGUGGAUCAUGUAUUAAAUAUUUCUUCUUGUUCUCUG